AUGGCAGCAACAACGGCUGAUUUAGCAACCCAACAACCCAAAUUCCACUCUGCUUUUGGAAUCACCAACGUGAAAUCCAUCAUUCCAAUCACGUUGGACAACGAUUCAAGGCAUUAUCUCUCAUGGUCUGCACUAUUUCAAGUUCAAGCUUGUGUUCAUAACAUGAUUGCUCAUAUCAUCACUCCCACUGAUGAAAAAGAAAAACGAAAAGCAGAAGCAACAAAGAAAAACGACCCCGGUCUUUGGAAACGUCUCGACGCGGUUGUUUUGCAAUUUGCUGCUAUGUUUCAAGAUAACAAGCAUUCGAGAGCAGUCAACCUCGAACAUCAAUUCACCAACACGAAUUUGGAAGAUUUUCCGUCUACCAAAGCCUAUUGCAAUCGUCUCAAAUUACUCGGCGAUCAGCUUGCAAAUGAUUAUUCUCCCGUGAUCAACACUCGUCUUAGGUUGAAAAUGAUUUAUGGACUCACCGAAUCAUAUGCAGGAUUCGUCACAUACAUUCAGCAACACGAUCCCUUACCGACAUUUGAAAUGGAGAAAUCUCGGUUGGAACUAGAAGAAUCAACCAUGGCCCAACGUGUUGCACGCGAAUCCAACUACUCAUCCUCAUCUCAGGAAGCCUUGCUAAUUAAAUCACAAGAUGAAAAUUCAUUUUCUUCCACCUCUCCUACUGUCAAUCCCGCGCGUGCUGUCAACAACAACAGCAGUAGCAGUUGCGGCAACAACAAAAAUCGAGGACGGAACCGCGGUCACAAGGGGAGAAACUCCGGCAGAGGCGGCUACAGUAACAACGGUGGCGGUGGCUGGCAGCAAUCAGGCGGUGGUGGACGCGGACAGAGUUCCUUUUGGCAGUAG